UAAGGAUAAAAAAACUAGGAAAAAAAGAUGAGGGAAAAAAAUUAUCAAGAUCACUCCUUCACAUGAAUACCCGCCCUCCACUUAGUUCUCUCCAAAGUCAUGCCCUCAUCCAACCCCAGAAGAAGCAUAUCACUUCGAACUCCGCCAUGAUAUCAUUUUUUUGGUAUCAUGCCUGUCCCAAGCCAGGAUAAAGGAGGAGGGUGUUGUGGUAGGCGUGUGACGGCCAACAGUAUCACUUAGUCACAUCACAUGACAAGAGGAGUGAGUACUAUUUAAAUAAAAACAUACUCCGUACUAUUCUACUCUAUAUAGACCCGUGCAUCGCACGGGUACUUUGUCUAGUAGAAAAUAACAAAAAUAGAUAGCUUCAGCUGGUGAAACAGCGGAAUCCAUUCUUCAAGCGCCAUCCUCUAGACCCUAGUCAUGCAAUUCCUUUGCGGCGGUGGUUCAAAAGGGGGAUGAAUCAUCGACACACCAUCUUCUUCCUCCACCACCUGAGGCGGCUAAAACAACUGUACCAUCCCCCAAUAGCUGAUAGGAGCCUAAAAUCGCCCCCUUUAAUCGGGACCCAUACCACUAGCGUUCCACCCAAAUCAAACACAACUGGUGCAACUCACAUCUUAGUCACCAUCAAAGCCAGAACAAUCAAUCCAAGCAUCGGAAAAUCAGGUCUCACAACCCUAGCCGACGCAAAUCCACGGUCGCCUUUGAAACCACUAAAAGUCACUGACAUAAGUCUAGAAAAUAAACAAAUACACGCUCUUCUUCGUCCGUGGGUAUCUUCCACCCUUUAUUGUCGCCUGACUAGAGCUGUUGCCCAACCUAACUUCUGCCUGCAAACUGCCACAAACCAGGGCCAUUGCCCAGCCUCUCACAACACCUAUCCAAACUCCGGAACAGAACCGCCAUGAGGAACACAACCGCCGCCCGCCCAAAAUCUCCUAGACUCCGCUAGGGCCGUCCGCCUUUAUCACCUUCUUCCAGCAAACCGCCAAAACCUUGC